ACAAAAAUCGCCGAGAAACGCGGGGAAUCGGUUUCCGGCGCCGUUCAUUAAUUAAAUUACGCUCCGUUUCGAGGUCCAGCGGUGUAGUGUGGUUUGUGGUUCUUUUAGCAGAAAAUGUCGUUCAACUUUGGAAACACCUCCACCCUCGGCUCCACGAGCACACCGGCCAAGCCGAAUGCCUUCGGGAGCUUCUCGUUUGGGGGUCAAUCCGCCACACCGGCCUUCGGUGCAACGGCAGGUACUACUGCUGCAGCACCUGCUUUUGGCGCAGCAACAGCUACACCGGCCUUCGGUGCCACUGCUACUCCGGCAUUCGGUGCAGCAGCUACCGGUACAACAGGAACAUCGGCCUUCGGAACGCUAGGCUUUGGCAAUACUGCCGCAACCGGGGCAACAGCAAGUACGGCAUCCACCUUCGGUUUCGGAACUAACACGGCACCGACGGCAACCCCGGCAUUCGGUGGUUUCGGUACCACCGCCACUAGCACUACGGCGACGGCAUUCGGUGGGUUCGGAACUGCUACCAGUAGCAGCGCGCCGACGUUUGGUGGAUUCGGAACCGCUACUGCGCAACCGUUCGGUAGUUCUCUUGCUACCACUUCGGCUCCUUCAUUCUUCGGUGGACUUGGUACCACUCAGACGACCGGUACAUCCGCUUUCGGAGGAUUUGGCACUGGUACGACCUUCGGCGGAGGGCAGACGACCUUUGGUCAACCCGCUGGAGGGUUAAGCUUUGGCCAAACGGCCUUCGGUCAGCAGCAGCAGCAACAGCAACAGCAGCAACAACAACAGCAGCAACUGCAAGCCCUGUCACCAGAGCAAACAUUCGUCGAGUCCGUUUUCAAUGUGUCGAUCUUUGGCGAUGAGCGUGACACGGUUCUGGCCAAAUGGAACUAUCUACAGGCAAUGCUCGGUACGGGCAAAUCGUUCUACUCCCAGCAGGCCGCUCCGGUCGAGAUUACGCCAUCCAACUUUCUAUGUCGCUUCAAAACGAUGGGCUAUAGUAAGCUACCCGGGAAAGAGAACAAGGCAGGACUCGUCGGACUGACGAUCAACAAAACUGAAGCUCAGAUAAAAGAUCAGCAACAGCAGUUUAUAGUGAGCAUGAAUCAGAUUUUUGGCAACAAACCGAACAUUACGAUUGUGGUCGACAACAUGAAACCGAUCAGUGACUCGAAGGUGCAGGUGAUCGUGUAUGUUGAGGAGAAGUCAACGAUUUCCAACGAGACCAAGCGCGUGCUGGCUACGGAGGUAGCCACCUAUUUGAACCAGCCCAUGACGAAACAGCAGCUCGGUACACUUGGGAUCGAAUCGAUCGUUCCACUCGUGCUACCCGAGGAGGAUCAACUGAAGGAGUACCUAGACACUCCACCAAAGGGUAUCGACCCGCGCAUGUGGGAGCAGGCGAAGAUUGACAAUCCAGAUUCGAAACGGUUCAUACCGGUACCGAUGAUAGGCUUCCAGGAUCUGAAAUGGCGCAUCAAGUGUCAGGAGAACGAAACGGAGAUCCACGCGUCCUACCUGGCAAAGGUGGAGAAAGAAAUCAGUGAGCUGAAGCAGCGGCACAUGAACACGACGGCUAAGAUUGCCGAGCAUAGGCGUAAUUUUACCGAGCUCAGCCACCGGAUACUGCGCAUCAUCGUAAAGCAGGAAAGCACCAGAAAGCUCGGGCUUGCGCUGUCGCCCGAAGAGGAAGUGAUUCGCUCGAAGCUGGAAAACAUGCACGCUCUCGUCUCGACACCAACCCAGUUCCGGGGCCGACUGAGCGAACUAUUGUCGCAGAUGCGCAUGCAGCGCAACCAGUGGGCACACGGAAACUUUGCCAACGAGUACACGCUCGAUAAGGAAUCAACGAACGAGAUGCAAUCGUUCCUGACAAUGCAACAGAAAGCGGUCGCGUUCCUGAUCGAUACUAUCAACCGGGAUAUGAAAACGCUGAAGGUGAUCACCGAGGGCAUGACACAGCUCGUGCAGAGCUAAAUUAUGGUGAAACCUGCUCGAAGUACAUAUGUGUUUCGGAUUUUUCUUUAAUUUCCUCUUCAUUAAUUACACAAUAUUAUGGUAAUAUUAA